AUGCAUGCCUCAGGUAAACGCUACACUCGCAGUGCUUCUGAGGAUCAGCUGUCAGCUGCCUUCAAGCCCGGGGGCUCCAUUGACCUAUCCCAAGGUCCAAGAGCUGUCCUGCUGCCCUACUCCUUCCCUAGUGGCGGGUAUGAUCUCAACCUCUUCGCCAGCCCUCCGGACUCCAACUUCCUGUGCUCCGUCUGCCAUGGGGUUCUCAAGAGGCCAGCGAGGUUGCCAUGCAGCCACAUCUUCUGCAAAAAGUGCAUCCUCCAGUGGCUAACCAGACAAAAGACCUGUCCGUGCUGCAGGAAACCUGUGAAAAGGAGAAAGAUCGUUCACGAGAAUAAACUCCGGAAAACCAUUAGCCGCCUGGAAGUCAAGUGCAAGAACGCCAACGCUGGCUGCAUGGUGACAUGCCCCCUGGCCCAUCGCAAAGGGCACCAGGAUUUGUGCCCCUUCGAGCCAAUGGCCUGCCCCAACGAAGGCUGCACCUCGCGGGUCCCGCGUGGGGCCCUGGCUGAGCACCGGAAGCAUUGCCAGCAAAGGGCCCAGCAGCGCUGCCCCCUGGGCUGCGGGGCCACCCUGGACCCAACCAAGCAUGCUCACCACAACUGCUAUCGAGAGCUGCACAACGCCUGGAGCGCGCGCCAGGAGCGCAGUCGAACCCUGCUGCUGUGUCUGCUGAGGCGUGUGCGCCGGCUGCACCGGGCCACCAGUAUUGUCCGCCGAGAGCUGGCAGAGCUGGGCAACUUCCUGGAGGAAGACACCGCUCUGCUGGAGGGCACCCCACAGGAGGCGGCCGAGGCCGAGGCUGCCCCAGAAGGCAGCUUCUGGGCUGAGGUUGGGGGGUGCUCAGGGCCGAGGUACUUUUUAAAUAAAUAAACGCAGAGCCCAGG